UCGAGUGGCUAGUGACUCUUCUUGAAACUAAACUGGCUAUGGGCAGUACCGGUAGCCCCUACUCGGUAGCCGCUCUACCAACAAGCGGCCGGCCACUCCCGAUACGCACGCCAAGAUCAGCGACGGCGUCUGAUGAUUCCGCGGCGGAGGAGCCCGUGAGCCCGACUGCAAUACUCAUGGACGCUAUAUACAUCGUGGUUACAAUCGGGCUUGGCUGCCCCGUAAACCUCCCCGUCCUCAGGGCCGGCCUCGCCACCCAACUUGCGCGUUACCCGCGCUUCCGCAGCAUUCAGGUGACCGACGGGUGCAAGAACCCACGGUGGGAGCGCACGGCGGUGAACGUGGACGACCACAUGAUCGUCCCGACGCUGGACCCCGUCGCCGUGGAGGCCGACCCGGACCAGGCCGUGGACGACUACGUGGCCUCGCUGCCCGAGCUCCCCAUGGACCGCUCCCGCCCGCUCUGGGAGUUCCACUUCCUCGACUUCCCAACCUCCGAUGCCACCUCCACCGUGGUGAUCCGCGUGCACCACUCCCUCGGCGACGGGACGUCGCUGAUUAUGCUCCUUCUGGCGUCCGCGCGCAGUGCCUCCGACCCGACACGCCUGCCGACCAUGCGGGAGUUGACGGUGCGCACGGGCGCCAUCUACAAGCCGUGGCGCCGGCAGCCACCGUCGGCGGGCGCCCUGGCGGCAUCCGCGGCAUGGGUCUUUUCCUAUCUUGUGCUCGCGUGGAAUACCGUCGUGGACGUCGCCUCCUUCGCGGCGACGGCUGCGUUCUUGGGAGACCCACACACUCUGUUCAGACGUGCGGAUCACGAUGUUGCGUUCAUCUCCCCCAGGCGCUUCGUGCGCCGGAGCCUUAGCUUGGACGACGUCAGGUUCAUCAAGAAUGCCAUGAACUGCACCGUCAAUGAUGUGCUGGUCGGAGCGACGUCUGCUGCUCUGUCACAAUACUACUUUCGCAAGUCUGGUUACUCCAAGACAGGCAAACUAUGUCUGCGGUCUAUCCUCUUUGUCAAUACAAGGCCAACCACUAGCCUACAAGCGUAUGUUAAUAUGAUAGAAUCUGGUAAGGUUGAUGACGUGGCAUGGGGAAAUCAACUAGGUUACAUCCUUCUUCCAUUUCAUUUGGCGAUGCACGAUGAUCCACUGGCAUAUGUCUGCAAAGCGAUGAACACAGUGGACAGGAAAAAGAGCUCACUUGAAGUUAUCUUCACAUAUAAGAUGACUGAAAUUUUUCUCAAAAUGCUGGGUCUGAAGCAGGCGGGCGCUUUUAUCUUCAAACGUAUGUUCGCCAAUACAACUAUUUCGUUCUCAAACAUGGCUGGACCAACUGAACAAAUUGAGUCUUAUGGACACCCAGUUGACUUCCUCGCUCCUAGCGUUUAUGGAAUUCCACAAGUAAGACAUCCAGGAUCUUACAUCAAAACCUUCAAUUUUAAGCAAACUUUUUUUUACCUUUAUCAACAAAAUCAUCUCUCAGAGAACCUACAAUGCAAGGACAUUUGUCCUCAACUGCUCAUGUGUCGCUUCUGAACUGAAAACACUCUAGUCAGUAUAAAUUAACGAAACCACGCAGGUUAGUUACUCUGGUCUACUAGAAAAAAAAUGAGAAUAAGAAUGCAAAUCAUCAACAACAACAUGUGCAUGCUUAAUUUACCACUUCAUGGUAUAGUUAUCUCCAAAACGAUGAAGCGGUUCUGAUGAACUAUGUUGUGAGAUACUUCCCCCAUUCUGAAAUAUUUGUAGUUCCAAUAUUGUCCUAAGUCAAACAUUUUUUAAGUUUGAACAAGUUUA